CUUCAAACACUCCAGCGUACGUUGUCGCGUUUAAUAAAGUAACCCCCGCCGUAACAUACAUACCCGGAGCAGGGUGAUCCUAAAACUACACUAAUGCGGCCUAUAAGAGGCAUAUGCAGAUCCCUUGUCACAUCUCAACGUCCAUCAUCAACUCGCAUCAGCCCCAGGUCCGGCUAACAACAUCAGUUGACGGUACAUAUGCCGCGGGAUGCCCUACUUGUGUAGCUGAUCGGUUAUCGCGACGGCUGCCGCAGUGGAACCGCAGUAGACUUUUUCUGCUCGAUCGUCCUUUUCUUGUCGCAGUACGGACAGGGGAUGCCGUAGCGGGGUCUCCUGUAGACCCGGAAUUAUCCGUUCCGGGGAGCUGGGAACAUGGUAGCAGACUUUCUUCAAUAAUGGUCAACAGAAUCCGUAUUAAGUGAGUUUGUGAUGAUUACAUUGUGGAAUUGGGCACUGGCCUCUGAUGGGGAAUCGGGUGAACCGUUGGACUUGAUAUAUUUUAUGACCCCGAGGGAGGGUCGGUUCAUAGGCUCACAGAACCGACAGGGCUGGAGUAGUUCCACUACACUACAGGUGA